AUGGAACAAUCGGGGUCACCAAAUAUUUCAACCAACAAUAAUCCAAGUCAAGACGUCCUAACUUACGAGUUAAACGCGAUGCAACACAAUGAACAAACACAGGCUGAGCAAAUGUUUUUGCUGGCAUUACACGAACGCUUGGCUCAGCAGCUGCGACCUCAAACAGAACUUCAACGGAUUUGGCAAAAUAUGAUGCUUGGACUGCCAGCUUUAUUACCACCACUGGACUUAACAGCUUUGCCGGGUACCAGCCAAGCUUUAAUGCACCCACUGUACCAGCAUAAUCUCUGCAUUUGGCCACAAUGUGACCAGCCAUGUGAAAAUUUCGCCACAUUUUUGCAUCAUUUGGCAACGGUGCAUACGCUCGACGAACGAUCCGCUCAGCAGUGUCGAGCUCAAAUCGAGGUAGUGGAUAACCUAGAACAUAGGCUCAACAGGGAGCGUACUCGCUUGCAGGCUAUGAUGCAACACUUACACAUGAAACAAUCACCUGAUACCACAACACCAACAUUAGGCACGUUGCAGCAGUCACAAGAUUCAACAUCCAUCCCAUCACCAACACUUGCAGAGACAAAAACUGAAUCUCUGCCCGAUCAGCAGCAAACAAUCACGGCGUUGUCAUUACCAAGUGUGUCAAACGUUGAAGGUUCACAACAACAGCAACAAGAGGAAGAGCAACGGCAACAACAGCAACAACAGUCCCAACAGUGUCAUCAUCGUGCGACUCCAACACCACGGCGGAAAAUCAACGACAAAGUUGUUUUACAUAUUUCAACCGAUAUUGCACGAAACCGCGAAUUUUAUCGAACACAUGAUGUUCGUCCACCAUAUACAUAUGCAUCUCUUAUACGCGAGGCUAUUAUGGAGUCCAAAGAUUGCCAAUUAACACUUAACGAAAUUUAUCAGUGGUUCACGGAAACAUUUGCAUACUUCCGAAGGAACGCUGCAACUUGGAAGAAUGCAGUGAGACAUAACUUAUCGUUACAUAAAUGUUUUGCACGGGUUGAGCAGAAUGUGAAAGGUGCCGUAUGGACAGUGGAUGAUUCAGAAUUCUACCGACGACGGCCUCAACGUGCGCAUACGUCACGAAGUACGCCGUCAACACCGAAACCUGAUAACCCGUUAAGUUUACUUUCCACAGCAGCUGCAGCAUCUGCAGCAAGUAUGAUGAUUGCAGCCAGCGAGCAUCCGGAAGCAGUGCUUCUUUGUGAUAUCAAGCAAGAAGUAUUAGCUGCCGAGAAUGUUACUCCAAGCUCACUGCAAAUGUUCAUCAAAGAAGAAAAAUCGAGCCCGAAGCUUGAGGUUGGCGAAGAAUCAUAG